GCCGUGACAGGUUAUCAGAUUUUGUGUCACAACCAGUCCAAACCUCCAAACCUAGAGAAAUAUUUUUUCCCCAUCAAGAUGCUCUUCUUGUAUCCAAGGAGAUUCAAGAACUGAUGUGCAAACAAGCUAUCACAGAGAUUCUGACCCGUACCCCGGGUUUUGGCAGCAAUCUAUUCCUGGUUCCCAAAAAAGGGGUAAGACCAGUCAUAAACCUAAAGGAACUGAACAUUAGGGAUGUGCAUGGGCAAAAAAUCUUGUUUGGAAAAUCGAGUAAGUUAAAAAAUGUGACUGCAUCGGAAAUUCGGACCAAUGGCAUUCGGGUAUUCAUUUUGGGCAUUCGGCAGUUCGGAAUGACGUUUGUUUUCGAAAAUAAAGAUUUGUGUAUUUUUUUCUUAAACAGAAAUAUUUUUCAUUGCAUAGUGGACCACAGCAGUGCCCAGACCACUUAAUCUUAAAGAAGUGGUCUGGGUUUAGUUAAUAAUAACUAGUGUUGGUUUAGUAUAUAUGCAAUUUACAAAAUAUUUUUACUGCACAGAUAGUGCAGCCAAUCAGGGAGUACUACCAGCAUGCAGCACGUCUGCACACUAUACAAUCCCACACUUGUGAUACCAUCUUUGUGGAGAGUUUUGGGAGCAGAGAGUGAGAGGGGGGAAUGUGAGGAGGACGUGGAUGAUCCAUUACGGUUUCUUUUGUUUCAUUAAAUUUUAAUUUACAUUAAAUCACAGAAAACUAAUCAAUCAUUGUAUCAGAGACACCCUGGCAAUCAGACUACCUGGCUUGCACAGCCACACACUCUCACAGUGGUAGAGGCCACUCUUGUUCUAAAAAAGGGGACGGUCCUUGUUGAGAGGCUACUGAUGGAUUAAUAAAAUUAGUUGGAGUCGUUAGUGGUUGGGUGUCGGGAAAUGUGACAUUUCUCUCUGCUGAUUUUAAUAUCCCUUUUCUUGUUUGUUGAUUUAAAUUGAAAGGUUUAAUUGUGUUUCUACCAGGUCUCAGGGGACUGGAAUCCGAAUCGGACCAAUCCGUGUCCCCUGAUGCAGAAUUCUGUCUGCAAUUCCAUCUUUUUCUAAUAUUAUUUCUUUGUCUAAAGAUGGUACCCUCUUUGAAAUCUCUAUGGUUACGCUGAAACUUAAGGUGUUUUUUCUCCCUAAUGUACUUUUUGUAACUUUCUAAAUUUUAAUUUAGUUUAGUUUCCAUUGAUUUGAAGUCCAAAUGUGUUUGAAAUGUGUUUAUUUUAUUAAUCUCUACUUGGAGAACUUGAUUAACCUUUUCUAAGUGUGAUUCUUCAAGUUUGAUUAAAAAUGCCAUAAGUUUGAUUGAAUUAUCUAUCAGAAUGCUGUUCCAUUCCUUUAUUUGUGAAUCUGUCUUUACCUUAUCUGGUCUUGGAAUAUCGGACCUUAGUCCUCUAGGGACUAAUUUCUCUUCAACAUAUUUUCGUAAACUUGUAAUUUCCCAAUGGCCUCUAUUUUGUUGUUUGUAUAAAUUUUGUAUAUCGAAGAAACUUUCUUUCUGUCUAAUUAAAGGGUCAAGGGAAAAUACAUUGUUAAUAUCAGUAGUACCCAAAUCAGGGUUUAUAACAUUAGUGAGGUACCAGAAAUCAGGAUCAACGAUAAUGCAGUAGCCGAGGUCAAAGGAACACAGGAGGAAUAGUCAAAGCCAAAGUCAGAAUACAAGAAUACCAAUACGAAAUAUGCACUCUCUGGUCAAACAAGAACCACAACAGGGCAAUAAGUCUCUCCCUGGUUUCUCUUUAAAUACCAUGUUCACUUAGGUAGGUAACAAUGCCCUCAAAAUGUUCUCUCUCGAACACUUUGGUGGGCCGUGGCAUUCUUAGCAUCAUGACAUCGGCGCUCAUUAGCCACGUCAUAAAAGGAGGCAGGUUUAUCGUGGCUGGUGUGAGAAUAAUUAGGGACAAGCUGAAAGUUAGUAGGAAUGUCCCCAGUACCCUGCAUUGAGAUGCAAGCCUGUGAUAUGCUCCUGACUGAUACAUAAGGUAACCUGACAUCAAAGGCAUUUGGAUUAUCAUUUAUCUGGACAAUAGCCUCAUUUUAGCGCAGUUGGCCAACCUUCUACACACACCUGACGUGGACCUUGACAUUGUUACAAAACUUGGGUUUCCUUAUCAAUUGGGAAAAGUCAGUCACGGUUCUUUCCCAACGUAUUGAAUUCCUGCGACUAAUGGUCGAUUCCACUCUUCAGACUCUACAUCUACCAAUAUCAAAAAAGAAAUAAGAUGCACGUUGGCUGUUCCUCCCAACUCUCCAUCAAACACUUGGCGUGGGUCAUUGGACUCCUCGUGGCUUUCAUCCAAGCUAUAUUCCCAGGUCCUCUACACUAUCGGGCACUUCAAUGGCUGAAAGCCUCUUAUCUCAGAGGCGGAGCAUCAUAUGAAGACAUGGUGACAGUGGACAAGGAGGUGAAAGACUAGCUUCAUUCAUUCCACAUGGAAGCCUGGAAUGGACAUGCUAUAUUCAGAAUGACCCCAGACCUGAUCAAAGAACCAGAUGUGAGCUUACACGGUUGGGGUGCAUGUUGUGGAAAUAUCUCCAUGGGAGGCAGAUGGUCAGAUCUAGAAUUAACACUACAUAUCAAUUGCCUGGAACUUCUGGCCAGAUCCUUUGCUGUGUGCAACCUCUCUCCAACCCACUCAGAAUGCACAAUCCUACUGAAGAUGGACAGUAUUUUAGCAGUCAGAUACAUCUACUAGACAUGUGCAAUUUGUUUAGGUCCGAAUUGAAAUUCGGAUGAUUUUUGGCAAUUCGGACACUUGGAUGCUUCCAAAUUGCUGAAUUUUGGAAGUGCUUUGGUUUCUGAAAAGUGCCAAAACAGAGGGAGGGAAAAUUAAGGGAAUGAUGACAGGAAUCUAACCCCACCCUCUGUUAGGGUUAGGGGUAGGGUCAGGUUUAGAGGAAGGUUGGGGUUAGGGUUGGGGAAUUCCUGAAUUUUGGAAAUGCCAAACCGAAUUUAUUUGCCCAUGCACAUCCCUAGCAUCAACCAUCUUGGAGGCACGAAGUCCAAAGUGCUGGCGAACAUGGUUCAUGAUUUUUGGCAUUUCAGUGACAGCGGAAUAUAUGCCUGGCCUCUCCAACACCACAGCGGAUCGGUACUUCAGCCACCUCAAAGACUUUAGCAACUGGCAUCAGUACCCUUUAAUAUUCAAGAAAAUCACAUACCUGUGGGGACCAUUGGGAAUAGAUCUCUCAAGAUUAAAAACAAACACGUUUUUUCCUAGUGUGAGCUGAUUUAUUGUCAAAUGUAUUAUAAAAAUACAUUUCGAUUUUAUUUAAAAAUGUGGUUUUAAGGAGUCAUUUCUUAUAUUGUCUCUAUGUAGAUGACAAGCACAAUCUACACUGGUUUUUAUGAAGAGUGUAAAAUUUCUGCUAUAGGAUUAAAUUCUUCAUUCCUGUUUUUGCUAUAUACCAUACAUUGAAGUCAGUGCUCUAAAAUCAAUGUAUCAAAACAUCUAGAGAUUGUGUUAAAUAAUCACAUAAUCAAAGAAAAAUUAUACCCAAUAAUAUGCCCUACUCUAACCCAAGUUCCCUCCUUUUUAGCUCAAAGCAAAUUAUGGAUCACUCGAUCACUUUGUGCUUUCUAGUUUUUCUCUUCUUUUUUUUGCCUACAAAUAUUAAUCAUUUAUAAUGAUAUUGACUGGUGUAUGAAAUUGCAUCUCUCAUUUAUCUACCAAUACUGUUUUGCAACUUUCAUGUUUUGACUUCAUGGGGAAUUAUUGAUUUGCAACCUUUCUUUCAUAUUCUGUUGUGUAAUAUUCUUCUUUUUUUAAAAAAAACAACACAUAUUAUUAAAAAAAUAAUAAAACAGCUCAAAUAGUUAUGAUUGUAUUUUAAUCUAUAUAAAUAUAUGUGCAAAGAAACAUUCUCAGAAAUGCCAUUCUUGAUACCAUAAUAUGAAAGUUUGCUUAGUAGUUAAAUUUAGAGCAGAAAGGAUUGGAUCAAUUUCCAAAAAAGUAAAAUUACUGUAGCUAGUCUGAAUAUCAUUAUGUUAAGACAUGCUACUAUUCUUGCUUAAUUGUAAUGGUUUUGGAUGUUAAUGCUUCCAACAAUGACAAUGCCCGAAGGCUCUUUAAAUAGUCCCACCAAUUUUUUUUCUCCUGGUCUUCAAUCAUUAUAUUUAUAGGAAAAGUCAUGUUGCUGGGAAAUGUCAGUUCAACCAUGCAGUAUUGUUCCAAAUGAUACAUUAGAAAUAUGUCAUGACUACAAGCGACAAUGUGGUGGUAUAUGCAGUAAAAAACAAACCGCUAACAAUAAUUUUAUAAACACAUACAUAAACCUGGCACAAAUUGAAAAUAUAUUGUCUUACCUGAUGUGUACACAGAUUGCAUCAAGGAAUGAUUUAUUAAGUAUUGAUACAAUAUGCUAGAUAAAUCUCUUCUAUAAAAUAGCAUAAAAUAAGAGCUAUCUGGUGAAAAGUUGAGCAGUAUCAAAUAAAAAUCUCAGCUUCAGAAACUUUCACACCAUGGCCUACAGCAUCAUUAUGUAUUAUGAAUAGCCUGAACUUCUGUGUCUCUUCAUAGAAAGAUGACUUGUCAAUUGACAUUUGAACAGAACUAAUUUCAAGUCCAUUAUUUCAAGCCAGCCAUUGUACAAUUUAUUCACCAUUGACUGGAUUUUAAAUUCAGCUAACUUGACUUAACUAAAAAAGUUCUAUUCAUGCUGUUAAGGAGCACAACUACAGCUUCAAGAAUGCACUAAUGUGUGAUGGCAAGAAAUCAAAAGUCCACUGGCAAAAUUUCAAACUCAAAUAAAUUUUACUGGAAUGCUAUUCAUUAAAGUUUGCAUGGCCCGUACCAAAUGGGGCUAAACCACCGACCCAUUCAGACUUAAAAAUGUGGACAUUAAUCACAGUAUUUUCUAAGGCCUAGAUUUUUCAAUUCAGACAUUGAACGGGCCAGAAUUUGGUCCAGAUUUCAGCCCAACCAAAUGCUGCUAGGCAGCUGAAAUAGAGUGGCAAAAAAUAAAAACUAUUUGCCCACUGAUGGCAUGAGCAGCCAUCAGGUUGAUAGUUGGAAAAUCCUGAGCAGUGCAAAAGUUAAUUACGAGGUUAAUUAGCCACUUAUAAAUUAAAAUAGGUAGACCUAGGGAUAACAUAAAAAAAAGGACUUGGGAAUAAUUAUACAUAACAAACUGGGCAACAUUAUACAAUCUAAAUUGGCCGUUGCAGAAGCUGGUAUGGUGCUUUUGUUUAUUAACCCCUUAAGGACGGCGGGCAUGCUAUGCUGUCCUUAGGGAACCGGCUCUAAACGCCGGUGGGCGGCAGAAGCCGUCCUAUGUACUUACCUGGUCGUCAGCGAUCCCACGCCAAUGAUCGCGGUGAGGGGACUUGCCUGGGAGCCCUGGGAGUCCCCCUCCUUCCUCUUCGGCCCUCCUGGGCCAUGUGAUCACGAGGUCCUCGCGGUCACAUGGACGGCUUAGCCGUCCAAGGCAGUGCCAGCAGGGGGAGUGCCUGUAAUGACAGGUACUCCCCCUGCUGUCUGGAAAAAAAAUAAAACCAUUUAAAACAGUGUAAAAUUAAAUAAUAUAUACUUAGAUUAUAUAUUUAUUAUAUAUAUGAUCUAAGUAUAUAUAUAUAUAUAUAUAUAUAUAUAUAUAUAUAUAUAUACACAUACAUACACAUAUAUACACAUACAUAGUCUAAGUGUAUUUUAAUAUUAAUAUAUAUAAUUAUGAAUAUAUAUUAAUAUUAAUAAUUAUCAUUAUAUAUAUUUAUAUAUAAUAUUAAAUAAAUAUAUAUGUAAAUACGUUAAAGAUAAAAUAAAUAAAUAAAUAAAUAAAAUAUAUAUAUAUGUGUAAUUUCGUUCUAACUGUAUUUUAAAAUUAAUAUAUAUUGAUAUCAGAAUACACGAAGGAAAUAAUAUAUAUAUCUAUAUACAUAAGUAUAUAUGUAUAUAUCACUAUAUAUAUACCUAUAUAUAAAUAAAUAAAAAAAAAUUAUGUACAUAUAUAUGUAUAUGUUGGAAGGCAGGGCCUGAAUUUGUGGGAGGGGCAAUAGACCUACUUAAAAGGGACUCCCCCCUUCCCUCACUUACCUUCGUUGGUCCAGACGAACAGCCUUGUCUCGCAGGCCUCCGUCGCUCCCGACUUCCGGGUCGAAAUCGUCAUUUCCGGCGAGAGGCGGCGCCCUCUUCUGAUGUCACGCGCCAACUUCCGGCGGCUCCACCGGCUCCCGAACGGAGGUCUCGGCUACCCUCCUCGCCUACCACUGAUCCGGGCG